AUGCAUUCUUUAAGUCUCGUAUCUACCCGGAAAAUCCUUUCGGGGUACGACAUUCCCAUGCUGGGGUUCGGGCUAUAUCAAGUACCCGGUGAGGUCGCCGAAGACGUUACCGUCAAGGCGUUGAAAGCCGGAUAUCGCCACAUUGAUUCCGCGGCCGUGUAUGGAAAUGAGAGGGAGGGUGUCUCUGCCGUAGAAAAGGCGGGACUCAAACGUUCGGAUGUGUUCCUGACAACAAAAGUUUCGCCGCGAGCUACCGGAUAUGAGGCAGCAAAAGAGUCUAUUAGGGGAAGCUUGGAGAAAGCUAAAACGGAUUAUUUUGACUUGAUCCUUCUUCAUGCUCCAUUUGGAGCCAAAGAGGGCCGUCUCGGUGCCUGGCGUGCCUUGGUGGAAGCGCAGAAAACAGGAAAGGCUCGUUCAAUCGGCGUGUCCAACUUUGGAGUUCAUCACCUGGAAGAGUUGGAAGAAUAUAUCCAAGGUGGUGGAGGUGGUAGGAUCGAGGUUGGCCAGUACGAACUCCAUCCUUGGCUCGGGCGUGCCGAUUUGGUAGACUGGCUUCACAAGCGUGGUGCAGUUGUCGAGGCAUACUCCCCUCUUGCUAGGGGAACUCGAAUGAAUGAGCCCACCCUCCAGGCAAUUAGCAAGAAACACAAGAAGACCCCGGCUCAAAUUUUGAUACGCUGGAGCCUCCAGAAGGACUUUGUGCCACUGCCCAAGUCGGUUACUCCCGAACGUAUCAAGGAGAACGCGGAUGUAUUUGACUUUGAGCUGGAUGAGGAUGACAUGAAGCUCCUACAUACCGAGAAAUAUUCGCCCUGUGCUUGGGAUCCCACUACCCAGCGGGACUAA